GUUCCUCUUUUAUUGACCAAAUUCCAUGUUGUCUCUUGUCUCUGUGUAAUUAUGCUUCAGACGGGCCAUUGAGUUGUAAGAGAAGACAAAACCCAUGCAAGCUUAGUUUGAUUGAAUAUCUCGUUCUGUCUCUCUGUCUGGUUUGCGUGAGCUUGGCUCUCGCUGUGUAAGGUUUUUUUUUUCACAUGGACUCCAAACACCUAUGAGGAAGUGGUAUUCGAUUUUUGCUUAUCUCUCGAUGGACGCAGCCUUCACGUGGGCACCUUGCAUGUUGUCUGGGUAAAGCGUUGCAUUCUUUGUGCAUGAAAUCGAGUACAUGAUCGACCCGAGGCAAAGCGCAUGGUUUCUUACCUGUCGGGUUGUAGUCAACGUCGCCUGUGCCCGAGCUUCCGUCCACAAAAUGAGAAUCGGUGGACGACAGCCACACUGACAAAGCCUCUCUUCUUGAGGAUUUGAUUACUGAAAGAUUUGCGUCAUUUGCUUUAGCGGGAUUGACGAGUUUGACUUUUGAGAGAAGAGCUAGGCUGAGGAAGAAGAAGGACACCUUAAAGACGAAGAGUCGGGGGCCUCCAUGCAGGGUCGCUGUACAAGGGAGAACUGCAAGUACUUGCACCCGCCCCCACACCUCAAGACCCAGCUGGAGAUCAACGGGCGUAAUACGCUCGCCACCCAGAAGAUGCUGCAGAACCUCCAGAACCAGCAGCUCCAGCAAGUAGUCGGCAUGACCAACCUCCAGCUCCAACCCUCGCCCAGCUCCACCACCCUUCUGACGGGUAGCCAAGGUCUUCAGGCAGGCCCUGGGAGUAACCAUCAGCUUGUGAUCCCAACGUCCUCUCCAUACCCGGGAAAGGAUUCUACCGCUGCCUCGGUACCUGCAUCAUCUUCCCUUUACCACCAGCAUGCGCCCCCUCAAAUACAGUACAACGGCCUGCAAAUUGUGCCCCAAUCGCCCUACAGUAUACCUGCCAGCGGGCAGGGUCAAGCCCAAGUGCAUACGAGCCAGGCUGCUACAGACAUCAACGCAAUGUACAGUCCUUUUUACUUGCCCGUUGCAGUGUCCAUGGGACCAACGAUGUCAGUGGGGACCCACUCCUCCACCAACCCCUAUGGGUCGUACUUCAUGCCCUUCCCCAGCCCCAAUAUAGGACAACUCACACCCAGCCAGGCAUCCUCUAUGGGGCUAGUACCAGAGAUACCGGGGCUACCAGCCCAGAUGAUACCCAGUCACACCAGCCAAGGUUUGCCCAUCAUACCGUCGAUGAAGAAGAAUGACAAGCUGGAGGUGUGCAGGGAAUACCAGCGGGGCAGCUGCUCGCGGGGUGAGGCGGAGUGUAAAUUCGCGCACCCCGACGAGCAUAUCACUCUAGACACCACCGACAACACAGUUACUGUCUGCAUGGACCACGUCAAAGGGCGCUGCUCGCGUGAAAAAUGCAAAUAUUUCCAUCCACCGCUACACCUUCAGGCCAAAAUCAAAGCCGCCCAACAACAAGGCAACAACAUGGCCGCCGUGCAGACUCUAUCCGGGCUGGCUCCACCUCCUCCAAAGAAGAUAACUGCCGGUAGCUUAGGUCACCAAGGGACGGGGCACAUGAUGAAUAUCUUCUCGCCUUCACAGUUCCCAUACCACCCCCAGCUUGGACCAGCUAUGAUGACAUCACAUCAACCCACACCAGUAGUGCCAACGCCAUUCCCAGUCAUGCCUUCCAUGGCUCCGCCAGGCCCCGGACAAAGUAUCCCGCUCUUCGCUCCCAUAAUGCCAACGCAGGUACAUCCCACCAGACAUCCACAAUCUAAUGAGACCAUUCCAGUCUGCAGAGACUUCAAGUCAGGUAGCUGCAAAAGACCAAGUUGCAAGUAUGCUCACGUUACAGAAGAUUAUAUAGAAGUAGUGGACGGGAAGGUCACGAUGUGCCGUGAUGCGGUACGGGGGAAAUGCCUCCGCGCCACCUGCAAGUACUAUCACGCUCCUACUCAUCCUCCUGCUACUACUACUACUACUGCUACUACGCACGUUACCAUGGCAACCUCUUCCUCUGCAUCUUCUGCUUGCUCCUCCUCCUCCUCAUCAGCAAACACCUACAUGGCUGGUAGCACGGCAGCCCCUCCUGGUCCCCACUACACGGCUUCCAGCACGCCCACGGGCACCAUCAACAGCACAGCCGCCGCCGCUACAACAAAUGCUAGUGCUCCUGCUGCUGCCGCUACCGCUGCCGCCAAUGUCUUGCCGCCACAACCACUUCAGCCGCAACCUCUCCCUUUCUCAGCGGCUUCGGCUGCGGCGGCUGCUGCAGCUGCCGCGGCCAACGCCGCAACCAACCCAUACCUCCACCACCACCACCAUCAUCACCAACAUCCCGCAUCCACAGUCAUGCCCAUAGCUUUAAGCAAUGGCUACCCGGCACAAGUCUUGCCUUAAAAAGAAAAAAAGACAUAAGAUCAAAAACGUAGAUGAAGUAGACUCAGAUAAUGAGUACAAAAGCUGUUGAGCAUGAUCAAAAUUAGACAAUCAAUUCCUUUUCUGUUCUUUUCUUUUGUUCUACACAAUCAUUCCAAAAUCUGGGAAACCAAUAUCCUUGUUCUUUUUUGUUCAAUUCUAAAUCCCCCUGUCUACAUUUGACUUUUAAAAUUGUCAUUCUACUUCUCUUAAAUCCUGUUCAUUCAACUCCCUUUCUCUAUAUUCCUGUUGAGAAUUUGAAUGCACUUCAGAUGUAUUAUUGAAAAAAGUUUAUAUCCUAUCCUCAACAUUUAAAUUAUCUUCCUAUAUAUUUGAAUUUGAAUAUCCCUUAAAAUUUGUUAAGAGAAAUAACAUAUUACUAAAUAUUAUAGUAUAUGAACAUUACUUAAAUAUUCCCUUUUUGCGAUUACUCUUGAUGUAAUACUGCACUUAAUACACCCUCAAACACUUCUUAUGGUAAUCCAAAGAAUUUCCGAGAUGGAUAUUCAAAAGAUACAUCCCUUGUAUUAUUAUUUGAUAGAACUAUCCUCUGUACACACCCCUCUCUCUCUCUGUCACCCUUUUCUUUGUAUAGUCCCAUGUGUUGUGUUCCAUGCUGUAUGUUUUCUUUUGCCUGGCAUUAUAUCACAUCUUAUUUACACACAAAUUUUGCUCGUAUAUCAUCAUCAUCAUAGCUGUUGAAUGUUUAGGAAGGCUUGUCAAACGGGGCAUGUAACAUCGAUGUGACGGUAAAAGGCUGUAUGUGUUUGCACCUUUGAAGUUUAUAUAUAUAUAUAUAUAAAAGGUAUAAAGCUUGCUUGUCCAUUUAUAUGUUUGCAUUCAUCAAAGUCUUGGAAACGAAAUCCAAACUGCACUCAUGCUCGAAUACCAUUCCUUGAGAGCCUAUUUUGCAAUCUAAAUGUAGCAAGCAAUCAUGAUCGCGUCUGUGUAGUCAAAAUGGCUGGCCGAAUACUUGCUUCCAUGAAAGCUGCAUCCAAGCUGAAAAUCAAAAGCAUUGAUGUUUGAUUUCGCUUUAGGAAUGUUAAGACCAAUGAGUGAUUAUGGAAUCGUAAAUGUAGGUGACGGCUAGUGGUCAGAGAUGAAAUGUGCAUGUCAAUGAGCAAGCUUGCUCCUACUUUGAGCUUUGAUUGAAGAUAAACUGCUUAGAAAUGAUAGAAGUAGGAGUACUGGUAGAUGGGUAUCGAUAGAUGCGGUGUUGUGUGGGUUGUUAAACAACUAUUCCGUUUCCUUUAGAAAUUGAAAGAAUUCUCAAUGUUGAGUCAGAAACUGGAAAUUUAAGUCUCAUUGUCGUAAAAGUCCCUUUUCAAGAGAAGAACAGACAGAAUUUUUAAAUUGAGAUAUUUGAUUACGACAUUCUGCCAAUGCUGUUAUUUGAUUUGCCAUUUUUUUUUUCAAAUUGCCAAUCGGGAUCUGCAUCUCACAAUUUGAUAUUGAAUAUUAUCAACUCACCCCUUAUUAUCAACAAUUAUCUCAUAAUCUCUGAAAUUGCUCUCCUAUUUCCAACAAUGAUAAUUGUAAAUAAAGUGGUAUUGUACAUAAAUGAUGUAUCAUUUUUUUAUUGUAUUGAAACUUUUUUGCGAUGGUAAUCUUGAAUUACAUAAACAUGUUCAUAGUUCUUGAUGGUACAACUCAUUACUAAUUUUUUGUAAAUAUAUGAUAAUAGAUAUCAUGUUUGGCAUAUUCUCUGUCAUUUUAAAAGUGACAAUCUGCCUUGUUUAAUCAAUCAAUGUAUACUUAUUGCACAGAAGAACAGACAAUCCAUAUUUUUUAUUGUUUUAUUUUCCUUAUAUUACCGCUUGCACUUUACUUACAAGAAAGAUGCACAGAAAUUACAUCUUCUUUUUAUUCACAUUGUAAUUUGUACUUAAUACACUAAAAUUUUAAAGAUCUUGCCAAACUAAACCAGUCAGAGAUUGUUUAAAAAUGUACCAUAUUUUUUUUAUUGCUGAAUAACCUGAAAUAAUGCACCCGCUGCACUGGAGCAAUUUUUUGCCUUAAGGUGUCCUAGAUGAGACAAUUAGAAAAGAAAUAAGGUAAAUACAAGUCAUGAUCUUCCUAUGCUAAUGCAUUUAUAGUACAUAUAAUGCUUGAAUAUAAUAACUGGCUUUAUAGAUAAUCAUUUUCAAUUCAGGUUAAAGUGAUAGUGGUGUGGGUGUGCAUGUUGGAUCAGUAGACUAAGGCCUUGAAUUUGGUAAUGAAUGAUAUAUAUUUAAAAAAAAUGUUUGCUUAAAGCUUGCAGCUUAUGCUUGAAUGCAUACAAAGUAGUUCUAAGCUUUGUUUUAUGAAAUGACUUUUGCUUUGCUUUAAAAAACCCCAAAAUCCAAAAGGUGUUCAAUGAAAUGAGCUUUUCAAAUAAAAUAUAGCUUUCAUAACCCAACUUUAUUUUGUGCUUGAAGUUCAUUUUCCAAAUUGCAAUGGAGGCAUAUCCCCCUUUUGUCCCCCAAAGCAGACAAAGUCUGGUCUCAUUUUUUUCCUUUUGAAUUUUCUUUUUACAGUUCCUCUAACAUUCCAGGAAGUCUUGAUUCAUAUGUGUUUUAUUAUUUCCUCUACAGAAAACAUUAAUUUGCAAUGAACAAUAUUCCCCCAUUUACCAAAUCCUAUCUGAUAUGGAAGAAGAUUGCCAGUGAUCCCUUUAAUAUAAUUUAAAACAAUUUUUAAUUCAAUAGGUUUUUUUUUUCGUUUUAAUGCAAACACAAAUUUUAACAUUUGUCUGGUAUCGGACAGAAGUUCAUUUUAAUAUUUCAUUCAUAAUGAUAAUAAUAAUGAAUUGCAUUUGUUUUUUUAUUUCUUAUACAUUUCACCCAUUUUAACAAUUUAUCCAAGAAAAGCCCUUGUCAAUCAGUGGCUCUUUUUGUCAACCUUAGCUCAAUCCAAUAGAACUACUUAUGUUAUUGUUAUUAUUUUUAUGGAAGCAAAAUGUACAUACAUAAUGGUCAUGUAUGUCAUUUCUUGAUGCACUGUUCUACGCAAAGGUUUUUUGUGAAAAACCAAACUUGCUCUAGUCAUGGUGCAGAGCAUAAUGUAUUCAUAGAUAAAUGUGCCUGUUGAUUAAAUUGGGCACAAUUGCUGAUAUACGGUAACACUUUGGAUAUAUGUAGCAUAUAGGACUGGAGGUCCGUAUGGCAAUAGAGAAGUUUAUUAGCAUAUAAUAUGUAGCUUUGAAAGUCUAGUACGCAAUGCUUGUGUGUAUAUCAGAGAUAAAUCAUACCAAAGUACUCAGAAAUUUCAAAGUGAUGAUGAAAACAAAAAAAUGUUUGAAAAAAAAUAGGAAAACCCACAAAAAAAGUAUAUAAAAAAAUGUUCAAACUGAAAUUAUCAGUGUCUGAAAUGUUAGCUGUUAAAUGGAUGUUUUAUCCUACGAAUAGAUUUGUGAUUCUAUAUUUUAAGUACUGUUUAUAAGAAAACAUGGUUGACUUUUUAUAUUCUUUUAGUGAACAACAAAUUUUGAGUGAUUUUUUUUUAGAUGAUUUUGUUGUCAUUGAAAUUGUAUUUCCACGGAUUCAUUUCUUUUUCUCCAAAAAUAUUGUACAUUUUGUGAGAUGGUAUUUUUUAGUUUCCUUUUUCUUUUGGUCAUUUCUUCUUUUUAUUGGAAAAGUUUUGAUUUUUGUGUGUAAGUUUUUUAUUUUUGACAUUUCCCCUUAGUGUGUAUAGAAAAUAUUGUGAUUUUUUUUCCUAUAUGAAAUUCAAUAUAGCUCAUACCUUUUCAAAAGUUUUGUUGAAUUCCGACAAGUCGAUGUACAUUUAAUAGGAAUUUUACAUGUAAGUGAUUGGCCAAUAGGAUGCCAUGUUAUAUAGUGUCUUGGGGUUUGAGGAGAUGAUAAUAUAUGAUCCAUAUUAUGCACUUGCACUAUGUAGAGAAAAUGGGAAGAGAAUGAAGGAAGUGGGAGGUAGAAUUGAUGCAAAAAAAAGAAGAAAUAAAUGCAUUUAAAGUGUUCAAUAUUUGUGGAGGUAUUUUCAUACACUGCUGUUUGGGAAGUCUGUUUAAAGAUGACAGAAAUUUGAAGCUUUUCCUCAAACCAUGGUCUAAUUCAAAAGUAAAGGAAAAGAAGAUGAAAAGAGAAAGUAAACUAUACCCAUAAUGCAUUGUUCUAUGCCACAUAUUUAUGUAUACAAUGAAAUUAAAUAGAAGUGUGAUUUGAUGUUAUCGUCUUCACCCCAAGAUGGCUAUUGAACAUAGCAGAGAUGGUGCACUUUGGACUCCAUUUAUCACCUUGUUUACAGGAAGUGACUUUUGACAUGAGGUCAGAGGUUAAAAAGGGUCAAACCUUUGUGAAAAGCACUUGGUCUUUAUUUUUUUCCAUUCUGUAGCGAGAACACACUCUUAUUAUCCUGUUUAUGUAGUCUAUUAAAUGGUAAAUCUAUUGUAUGAUAAUAAGAAACAUUGUUAUUUGUAUCAUGAUGGUAGUUAUCCUUAUGGUAAGUUGUAUCUUUUAAAGAAGUUUUAUGAAUACUAGAUAUGAUGUCUUUAAUGUGUGAUGUUUACAUUGUAUAUGAAAUCUGAAAAGUUUUUUGAUUCAUUAUGUACAAGUCUCAGAGAGACUAAAAAAAAUCAAUUGUGAAUACAGGAAAAUACUAUUCCACGUAAAGAACCAAAUUUUAGCGAUGUUUUAGGAAAGUAGGAGUUACAAAGAGUCUGAUCGAUUCUCUCCCUCAUUGCGUCUCAAACUCUGAUCAUCGCUCUGAUCAUCGCUGAGAGGGAAUGGGGGAGAGGAAUGGAUAGUUUCCAUUUUCAAGACCAACUUUCUUGUAGUACAUCAUUUUAUAUGAGAUGAAGAGGAAGGAGCAAACCUCAGUAUUGUAUGCUAGCGCAUGGGUCCAAGACCAGACAUUUAAAAAAAAAAAAGAAGAAAACUUAGGAUGCAAACAAAAAAAAAUCAGCGCAAGCAUGCGGUAAUAAUGGGCUUCUUUUGAAUUACCUCUUGGAAAUGGAAAUGAAUUAAAACAAAACUUGCUGGAAAGCCGAUAAAGUGGUAGAAGGGUCUUCAAUAUCCCAUUCAAUCAUGAACCUGAAUGUUUUUUAAAGAGGAAUGCCAUUCGCGCGAUCGAAUAAGAUCACAUCUUGGCUAUGGUGACCCUCUAUAUCUUGUGUCUGUCGUGAUGUCCAUGUUGUGUGUUGACACAAGUGUGGCACAUUUUUUGUAACGUCCUGUAGUAUCUGCUGCUGCUGCUAUUGCUGCUUUUGCCUGAAUCGUCAAAGAACCCCUUUUACAAUGAAAACAGGUUUGGUUAACCAUAAUAGGGAAUUAUGGAUAGGUUGGUAGUGUACUUCAUUUCAUGUUGGUAAUUUAAAAGUGUAAUACAUGUGGGAUUCCGGAUAGGAAAACUUGAUGAUGUCAAAGUGACUUUAAGAGAAAUUAAUCAUAAUUCUACUUUUGAAAAAAAUAUUAAUCAUGAAAUUAUUAAAGGUUAUUGAUCAACUGUGCCAAAAGUCUUGAAGUAAUUUUCUUGAUUGACAUCUGAAAUUUUGCGAGCAGGAAGCAGAUUGUUAUAUUUCCCAAGGAAACGAGAGGAAGAAACAUCUAGGAAGAAGAACAGUACUAUGGAACGGUUGUCAUGGAAACUUAACAAUAUUGAAAUAUAGUCGUAAAUCACAACAAGCAUUUAUAAACAUCACAGAAUGAGCUUUGAUUCUGGUUAAUUAUAGGUAAAUGAGUUGGUAUUCAAAUGACACCAAUAAAGGUGGGGGAUAAUUUUCCAGAGCAAAAAAUACCACAUUUUGAGAGUCAAAUGCCAUAAUAAUAAAUAUAAUAAUGAUUGUGGGCAUUAACGGAAAGACAAGACAAACAGAGAUUUUCAAACUGUUACAAUCGGCAUUGAUUAUUGUGAAAUUUUGGCAAAUUAACAGUCCUUUAAAAAUAAAUGUUCCCAUAGAAUAUAUAAAUCAGUGAUUGUGUCACCGAUGUAACAGCACUAGUGGUAGUUUAGUGUAUAGUUCUCACUUACUUACAUAUACGAGAACUCUGAAUUUUGUACAUGUAGUAGUAUCAUUAUUAGUAACUCUUCAGUCGGUUUGAAAUACUGUUGAAAUACUUUAUUUUUCAAAUUUUAAUAACUUGAUUAUUGACUUGUUUAAAUCUUGUACUUAAUCAAAACUGAUGUAAUUCAAUAUUCUGAUUUUUUACCCUAAUCUGUAUAGCGAGAUUCAAUUUUUGUAUCAUAAAAUUCAUAAGUCAUGAACUGGAUUUAAAUUUCGGAGGAUAUAUUUUUAUGUGAGAUAUGACAUUUUUUUCCUUUUGAAUUUUUUAAUUAUAAGAAUCAUGGUGUUAAUUGUAUAUUGAUAUGAUUGUACUUAAUAUAAUUCUUAAGAUUAUGUAACCUUAGCUGAAUGUCAGUGUGGUUUUGUUGAAAUCUCCUCAUUUUGAUACUAUAAAAUAUCUCUCUCAUGUUCAAUAAGAAUAUCAGUUUAGAAACUUAUAUCACAUAAGAGCAGGAAGAUUCAAUGGUUGUCAUGGAUAUGAACCAUUUUGGCAAUAUAAUAAGAACACAUAAGCUCAAUGAAAUUUACUUACCGAUUCAACAUAAUCAACUCGGAAUUUAUUAAUUUACUUGUCAUUUUACUACAUGGAAAUCCUAGGGGAAUUUUCAAUUGCAAUGUAGAAACUGCUAGUUUGGAACAUCAAUUUUUAAUUGUAAGUAGCGUUACAUUUUUUUGUAGAAAAAUAGUGAAUUCCAAAUUAUUCUUCAUGGGUACAGAGUGAAGAAGAAAUAUUGUUUGAUAUUUACCCAGUUUGUAGUAUUUGAAGUACUUGUCUUGAUCCACUACAGGAAUAUGUAGCUCAAAGGUUUAAUACUUUUUUUGUAAGCACGAAACUGUCUGGUGAAAACACUCACAGCUCAUGCUCAGACGGGUCAACACACAAUCGCUUUUGCUUUCUGAUUGCAUAUCUGCGCUGCUUUUUCCUUCUAUCAAAUGUAAAUAAUUGUGAAAUAUGUUCAAAACAAUUUCACAUGCGGA